AUAAAUGAGUCAUAUUACCUUUGAAUUGAAAACCAACACAAUCCACUCCAAGUUCUUUGUCUUCACAGUGACUGAUUCAGUCAUUGUUAGCCAAAAAAAGCUCCAAAACCAUGGCAGCUGGUAAUAGGCAAAGGAAAUCUUCUUCGGGUUUCUUCUCUAUUUUCAACAUCUUCUCAUCAAGGAAGCCCAGAGGAGGGUACUCUGAUGCCCCUGAUUCGUGGCGCAGAGUCUAUCCUAGCGAUUACGACAAAGGUAACUGGGGUGUUGCUGAGCCCAAUAUUGACAUGAAAGCUGAAGCUUUCAUUGCCAAGUACAAGAAACGUGUUUCAGAAUCUGCACUCUAUCAACUUGAGCCCGCUGCUGCUGAAAAUGCAUAAUAUGAAACCAUAUGUAUAUUUGUUUAUUUCUCUAGAUUUUCAUUUCCA